AUGAGCUCUACAUUAUUUACACUCUUCGGUAUGAACGUUGUGAGCAAUUCUCCAGCACCAGAAUGCGACAAGGCCGAAAAAGAUCAUCCUCCUACUAUUCAAGAAUACAUUGAAUUCCUCAAAAACCAAGUAUACUCGCCAAGCGCUGUAACGCCUCAACUCGUGCCUGACAGCCAUGUCAAGAUCCAAUGUCAAGUGCGUGCUCGCAUUCCUACAACGGAAGGCGGUGAAAUGUAUCUGUAUCUAUACAAAAACAACCAAGACAACAAAGAGCAUCUAGCGAUUGUCUAUGGUGAUGACAUUCGCUCUAAAUCUUUGGAUCAAACCUGGGAGAAUGAAACUAUCAUGAACCGUAUUGUGAGAGGCGCCUACUAUGGCAGAUUACAGGAAGUGGUGUCAGAUGAGAGCCGUGAGCUCAAGUUGACCGAGGAUCAGGAGGCUUAUUUAGAAGAACAACAGGCAAAAGCCAAAAAUGAGUGGAAAGUAUUACCCGAGCCUCCCAUGGUGCGUAUUCAUUCAGAGUGUUUUACUGGUGAAACGGUACAUUCUGCUCGCUGUGAUUGUGGUGAGCAAUUGGAUAGUGCUAUGGCACAAAUGCAAGAGGCUGGUCGUGGUGUUAUUGUGUACCUCAGACAAGAAGGUAGAGGUAUUGGCUUAAUGGAAAAAUUAAAGGCAUACAAUUUGCAAGAUUUGGGCCAUGAUACAGUAGCUGCCAAUGUUUUAUUGAGACAUCCUGCGGAUGGCAGAACGUAUGGUAUCGCUAAUGCCAUUUUGAAAGAUCUCCAGCUAUCAAAGGUUCAUCUUUUGACCAACAAUCCCGACAAAAUCAAACAAUUGGAGUCAUUUGGAUCCAUCAAGGUGGUUAAGCGUCAACAAAUGGUGCCUCGUUCUUGGUCUUCGCCAAUCAUUUCAGAUCUUAUCGGUGGUGAAAGUGGAAGUAAUUCCAACAGUGCCAUGCCAUCACCAUCCAUUACCAAGAGGGAGUUUAUUCACAGCAACUUGGAAGGUUCACCAGUGCUCUCUUCUGGUGCAUCAACACCUAGAAAUGAGAUGGAUAAAUACUUGGCUGUCAAAGUCAAGAAGAUGGGACACAUCUUGGAUUUACCAGAUGAUUUGGCUUGA